CGGGCAGUUAUCGCAAGAGCAGUCGGCGCCGCAGUUGCAAGUCCCAGAUUCAGCGCAGCCGCAGUUGCCCAUUGUUGCGAUGUUCUCGUUUCUCGUUUCGUCGAAAGUAUCGAAAGUAUUGGCUUGGUCUUCGCUGUCUUGAUGUCGAAGUCAAAGUCUGAUGAGAUGAGAAGCGGGGAAUAGAAGCAAGCAAGCCCCCCUUCUUAAGUAUCCCGUCCCGCAGGCUACUCUGCGCUGUUUGUGCGGCCGGGCCGGGUCAGCCCAGCCCGUGACGCUAGCUAGCUAGCAAACCAACCGCACAAGUUGCUCACCCCACCUGUCCAUCCACUUCUAGCCUAUACAAAGCGCGGAGGGCGGGUGACUAACGAUUCGGCCCCCGCUAUGACACUAUCGGUUGCGGCUUAUUGGGUGGGCGGGGGUUCAGCCUUAGGUGAGAUUGAGGGUUUUGUGCGGCCGGGACGGGGCGCGGCUAGGUUGGUUGUUUGGUUGGUUGGGGGAAUGUGGGUGGAGGAUGGGGAUGCAAGUGACGACUGGAUGGGUGGAUCGUCACUCGUGAGGGCUUGUGGGAGACUUGUGCCGCUGAUUGAGCAGUUUGAGCAGUUUGUGCGGAUUCUGGAAGACGUGGUUUCUGCUGCGUCAUCUUCCAAGCGCGGAUGAUUGCAGUGCGCAGCUUUGCACGUGAGUACCGUUUUUCUCUGGUCUGGUCUGGUCUGGUUUAGUUUAGUUUAGUCUAGUCUGAUCUGAUUCGAUUCGAUUUAAUCCAGCAAACCUUGGAAGGCAGCAGCCGUUCGAUCCGACUAUGCAACCCUGGAUUCUAUAACCAAGGAUCA